GGCUUGUUCUUUCUCUUCUUGUUUAUCUACCCUUUUGUCAGCGAUCAUCAGGUUUUCUUCAUGUCAUGUGUUAUGAACGAUGCAUAUACGGGCAAUGUUAUGGAUGUCAUCUACCAAGUACACAGUCUUCGGUAUGACAUUAGCUUGUGAAUAUACUCUUCUUUUUGGAUUCUCUCUCUCUCUCUCUCUCUUCAAUUCAUUCUUCACUCGCACAAUUCAUAUUCAGGAUUUCAAUAUUAGCUUGUAAACCUAUCCCCACGCGCCAGCGUGCCUCACGUUGAGGAUAUGAUAACUACUAGAUCAAAUGUCACA